AUGGAUGGCGACAUCACAACGGUGAAUACGUCUCGACCACGCUUCGUUGCUGUAAUUGCUCGUGCUGCCCACGAAUUGCGACAUAUUUUGCGUUUGAAUUUGAGAGCUGCCAUGACGGGCGGCACCGAGCCCGCCCGGGCAGCUGUUUUCAAGCGGGAAAUGAGCCAUGGAGCCAUAGCGGGAACAGUUGUUGGCGUCGUCGUCGCCAUCUUGCUGCUGGCUUUUUGUCUUUACCCCGUCGUUAUUCAUCGCAUCAAACGUCGAAGACGAGCCCAACGUCCCAAGCUCGAUACCGAGGCAGCUGGUGUUCAAGGACCACCCAGCGGCCCGGUCGGCCCAGAUCCCAACUCCCAUCGUCGUCUAUCAUCGACAGACUCAUUCAAGCAUGAUGGUGACCUCGCGCGCGGCGAUUUUGGUGAUGUUCAGAACAAGGAGUUUACUUGGACGUCCCGUGACGGCGGCGCGCCGCAGCCGGAUGGAAAGUUUGGCCCAUCGAGGCAGUUUUCCACAGAAACCAACGACACAUUCAGUCAGGGACAAGGCGAGCAUAGUUCGGACAACCGUUUCUCAAACGACGACGAAGCAGACCCAACCCCAUUUCCAUAUUAUUUUGAGAAUACCCCGGCAGCGACACAGGAUGAUAACCCCGGGGUUCUCAAGGGCACCAGUGCCGAUUAUUACAGUCCUUCCAUACCCUCCGAGGCGUUUGGCAUGGUGACGACCGAAGAGCCUCUUGAAUCCGCACGAACAUUAUCUCGAGGCAGCUCGUUCAAGCACAAUAUAAAGCAGAUGUUCCGUCGUCCUAGUGGCCGCGAAAACUCGCUUGCAUCGGUGCUGUCUAGCGAAGAUCGAGCUGCGUCGUCACAAGCAUAUUCGGGCACCGAGCUUGGUCAAAUAAUCACCACAGGUCAUCCAACUGACUCUCCAACCGAACUCUCUCCUACAGCGACGUCAAUGCCACCGCCCCCUGUUCCGGAGCUCGCAGAACCAUCAGAACAAGAAUCGUCCGUGUCUCCUCCACAGCCAACUAUUCAGACCCCGCCUCAAUCACCGCCUUCCGACAGAGCAUUCAAGGCGUCGCCCUCACCGCCGACCUUUCCGGCUCCUGGAACUGUGAACCCAAUGGACAUUAUGCCGGCUUCGACAGAGUCCGAAGUGUGGCAUAGGACCGAGCAUCAACUGCACGCUUCGUCGUACGGGUCCUCUCCAGGGCCUUCCUCCUCGAGUGACGCGGGCGAGCAAGAACAAUUCUCAACAUUUACACCCCCACCAACGAUGGCGCUAUCGCCCUCCGACGCCGUUCAAACCGCUCAGUCUUCCACUCCAACGAAUCAAAACGCUGUUCAGGGGUUGCAAGAAGCGGAUGAAAUUGAUGUGCCAAUGGUGGACGUGCAUAGCCACGAUCACCUGAGUCCAUCCAUGAUCCCGGACAAUGGCCGACAUCACAGCUAUACCUCGGACGGGUCGACUCAAUACCACGGGCCGCACUCGACCGGGCCAUCCACCGAAAAUACACCUUCGACACAAUUCGACAGCCCUUCGCCAGGUUCAAUGAAUAGUUCUGAAAUCCGCAACAGCGCUUCACCGCAACCUCCUGGACUUGCUUCUCCAAGAACUGGACUAUACCGAUGCAACGAGCCUGGCUGCAGCCAAGUAUUCGACCAGCCACACAAGCUCAAGCACCAUCAGCGUUAUCACAUCAAGGAACACAAAUGCCCAUACAAGAACUGCGGCAAAGGUUUCGGAACGAAAACGCACUUGCAACGGCAUAUCAAUGACCGACACGAGAAGAAAAAGAAGUUCCAUUGCGCUUUUCCAGAGUGCGACUACUCCAAGGCCGGAGGCAAGGCAUUCCCUCGCAAGGACAAUUGGAAGCGUCAUAUGACCAAGAUUCACAACAUGGAUCAGCAACAUCUUCCAGAACCGAUAGAAGUCGACCAAGACAUGGGUGGUACGUGA